GUUAACGGUUUGAAUUCAAUAUUGUUUUCGGUUUUUAUUUGUUUCUUGGAAAUAUGUCCAAGCACCUUGUCGACAUGGCGUCCAAGCAAAAAGACGUCAUGUUUAACAUGUUGUCAUUAAAGCACAAGUUAUUAAUCCCAGAAAAAGAAUGUGAAAAAUGUAAACAACAUUCUAAAGAUUGGUUAAUCAUUAAUGUAUGUCAUCAUGUACUCUGUAUAAAUUGUGCAAAAAUAAAUGGUACGGAUACGACUUGCUGUCAGAUAUGCAACAUCAUGUUUGAUCCAAACACACAAGUCAGUACAGUUACCGAAAUGAAAAUAGCAUUUUCACAAAUUGAAGAAUUAGUGUGGAAAGUUAUUGCACUAGAGAGUGGAACAUUGGAUGCAUUAUAUCCUGAUGAAGAAUUUAAUAAAAAAAUAAAACCCGAUAUGAUUCAUAUUAACUCAAUUAAAUCUUCAAUACAAAACCACUUGUCUAAUCAAAAUACUGAAUCUAAUGGAGAAUCUAAUUUAAAUUUAUCUCAAUCAUCAGUAGAUCUAUUUGAUGAGACUGAGGACAUUGAGGUUCCAGAAGAAGAAAAUAAUUAUCAUCAGUCUAAUGGAUCUGAAUCUAUUUGUGUUAAUUCCGACAAAAAUGAUAAACUGGUAAAAUAGAAUUUUCUAUUAAACCUAUAAUGUUAAUUAUGAUGUGCUUCAGUUUUAGAUUUUUCGUAUAUUUAUUUAAUGUCCAAACAAAUUUGUAAAAUAGUAGCUGACUGAUCAUUUUUAUUUUUUGUUCAUCUUUUAUUAUAGAAACAUAGUAACAUAAUCUUUCAUUACUCAUAAUUUGACAUUAUUUAGUCCAACAAAUGUUUAACUUAAUACAUUUUGAAUUUG